GCUUCCAUCCACUGGAGCUCACAUUCAUGGUUCCCAGUAUCUCGAGAAUCUCACUCAUUUCGAAGAACUACGAGCGUUCCGCUUUCACCGCAAUUUCAUAUCGACUCUAAUAUCCGCGUUAACUGGCCAAAGUCACCGAGUGCUAUGGUCAAAAGGGUCUACUUCCUCGCCCACGGCGGCACGGUUCAAGGUACAUUUUCUUCAUACAGAGACUCAUAGUAUCCUAAACGUCGGCUUUUCAUUUUGGGAUGGACUUGGAACGAACACGAGCCUUUUCAGAUCAGAUGUUCCCCGUAAUGAGCGUGUCACUAACGCCAUGGACUAUAAAACAGGCGUGGGCUUCCGCUAUUUCACCCGCCACCGAGCUGUCGAGCAUCACAUCACCGGCUGGGUGCGGAAUACAGACAACAACAAAGUCGAGGGUGAAGCCCAAGGCGAAGAGGACGCCGUGGCGGCGUUUCUGAAGCACGUCGACAACGGGCCGCGGCAUGCCCAUGUAGUCAAGCUAGAUACCGAGGACAGGGAGGUUGUGGAAGGGGAGGCCGAUUUUGUCAUCCGUCGCUGA